UACAUCCCUCAAGACGCUGCUUGCCUUUUUUAUGCCUAGAGAAAGGACCGAUACAACCCUUCGCCGGGCCAGGCAACGCGUCGAAGGCGCACAAGCACUCGAGGCCGUUCGCCACCAUGCGAAGCGGAAAACGCACAAAGCGAGCCACCCUCAGAACAAGCAGCCUGAAUUGGAGGCGAAGUCUCAGCCUCUGAGCGAGAUAGAAAAACUGUACAGUACCUGUACAGUGCCAGACCACAUUCCUACCGAUCUGGAUACUCCGGAGGUGGCAGGGGACUCCACCCGAGGGCGCAGAACGCCAGUCAUUACAGCUACUGCCAGAGCCAUGCCAUCCCGCAGGGCACCGUGAUUUUACCGGGUGCUCCGAUUACCUCGCAUAAUGGAACGGAACGUCGUAUGAAUCAGAGCGAGAAAAUGUCGGACGCCGCGCGGCACACAUGGCCGAGUUUG